AUGAGUGUGGAGUCCACACUCAUACUACACGUCUUCCGUCCACACUGCGGACGGAAGACGUGUAGUAUCUGGAUCGGAGGAUAUGAGUGUGCGGGUGUGGGACGUGGAGACGGAAGCACAAGUUGGGGAGGCGUUAGUUGGACACACGGGUUCGGUGGUGUGCGUUGCGAUGAGUGGGGACGGAAGACGUGUGGUAUCUGGAUCGUUUGACAAGAGCGUGCGGGUGUGGGAUGUUGAGAGAGGGAUCACACUUCAUACCGGGAGGUUCGAGGAUUAGGAAGAAAUCACGAGUCGGUUCCUGAGGAGGGCAGACUUGGGUACUGCUUCUCGCGCAGGACGAACAUCACAAAUAUUUUCAAGGUACGGAGAAAGGUACGGAGAAAUGUGCAAAGGCGAGAGGAUGGGUCUGAGGCUGUCUUGGCCCAGUUGGACAAUGCGUUAGACUUGCAGAUGGACCCCGAUCACGAGGUCGCAGUUGCAAGGACGGGCCAUCUGGUUGCUAUCAUGAAGCUAGUUGUG